ACCUCAAGAAACACUCAUUCAGAUGAAGACAAAGAUGGCAACUGGGAUGCUUGGGGAGAGUGGAGCGACUGUUCCCGGACCUGUGGGGGAGGAGCUUCCUAUUCUCUGCGGAGGUGUCUGACUGGAAGAAACUGCGAAGGACAGAACAUCAGAUACAAGACAUGCAGCAAUCAUGACUGCCCAGCAGAUUCGGAAGACUUCAGAGCCCAGCAGUGCUCAGCCUACAAUGAUGUGCAGUACCAGGGCCAUUAUUAUGAAUGGAUUCCACUAUACAAUGACCCUGCUGCCCCAUGUGCACUCAAGUGUCAUGCUCAGGGACAGAGUUUGGUAGUGGAGCUGGCCCCGAAAGUGUUGGAUGGAACUCGUUGCAAUGCUGACUCACUGGAUAUGUGCAUAAGUGGCAUCUGCCAGGCUGUGGGCUGUGACAGACAACUGGGAAGUAGUGCCAAGGAAGACAACUGUGGCGUCUGUGCAGGGGACGGCUCCACCUGCAGGCUGGUGCGGGGUCAGGCCAAGAUACACCUGGCUCCUGAGAAACGGGAGGAAAAUGUGAUUGCAGUUCCUUUGGGAAGUCGAAGUGUGAGAAUUACUGUAAAAGGACCUGCCCGUCUCUUUAUUGAGUCAAAAACACUUCAAGGAAACAGAGGAGAACACAGCUUCAACAGUCCUGGGGUUUUUGUUGUAGAAAAUACAACGAUAGAGUUUCAGAAGGGUGCCGACAGACAAAUCUUCAAGAUUCCUGGACCCAUGAUGGCUGAUUUCAUCUUCAAGACCAGGUACACUGUGGCCAAAGGCAGCGUGGUCCAGUUCUUCUUUUACCAGCCCAUCAGCCAUCAGUGGAGACAGACUGACUUCUUUCCUUGCACCGUGACAUGUGGAGGAGGUUAUCAGCUCAACUCUGCUGAGUGCAUGGACAUCCGCUUGAAAAGGGUAGUGCCUGACCACUAUUGUCAUUACUAUCCAGAAAAUGUGAAGCCCAAACCAAAGCUCAAGGAAUGCAGCAUGGAUCCUUGCCCAUCGAGUGAUGGAUUUAAGGAGAUUAUGCCCUAUGACCACUUUCAACCUCUCCCUCGCUGGGAACAUAAUCCUUGGACUGCGUGUUCAGUGUCCUGUGGAGGAGGGAUUCAGAGACGGAGUUUUGUGUGUGUAGAGGAAUCUAUGCAUGCAGAGAUACUACAGGUAGAAGAAUGGAAGUGUAUGUAUGCACCCAAGCCCAAGGUGAUGCAAACUUGCAACCUGUUUGAUUGCCCCAAGUGGGUUGCCAUGGAGUGGUCGCAG